AUGCAUUCCGUACUUUCAUCCACCACUCUCCUUGUCUCUGUGCUGGCCACAUCCGUCCUCGCCUCUCCACAAUAUGGCGACUCAUCAGCCACGACGACUGCCUCAUCCUCGGCAGCAUCCAUGUCGGGCGUUCACCAAGUCCAAGUCGGACCUGGUCUCACCUUCAGCCCUGACAGCUUGACCGCUGCUGAGGGCGACUGGGUCGAAUUCACUUUCGGAUCCGGUCACUCCGUCGCACAGAGCUCUUUCGAUGCUCCUUGCGUACCCCUCGCAAGCGGUGCUGGUGUCUACUCUGGAUUCCCCAACGACGGAGACGUCUGGCGAUUCCAGGUCAACAGCACAGAUCCUAUCUGGCUGUACUGCUCCAAGGUCGGCCAUUGCGAGGGUGGCAUGUCUCUUGUCGUGAACCCACCUGACAACCAGAACACGCUUGAUGCAUACAAAGCGGCAUCUGCCAACGCCAACACUUCAUCCCCACCAACAGUGCAGGGUGGUGUCUUCGGCGCUGCUUCCGACAGCACCAGCUCCAACAGCACGUCCAGCGGCUCAUCCACCACCAGUGGAAGCUCAGCCAGCGGCACCUCCAGUGCAACAGGUACCGCUGCAUCCACCAGCAGCACCGGCAACGCCGCCAACUCCAAUGUUGCCCGAGACACCCUCUUCGCUGCCGGUGCCUUGGUUGGUGCCGUCGCUGCUCUCCUGUAA